UCGCGAUGGUCCAAAUGGAGAAGUCGCAAUUUCGAAAAAACUAAUCAGAUUUAAACACGAAAAAAACAAUAAAAAAAAGUUAUUGAAAUUCAAAAAUGAAAAAAUGUGCUACUGUUUAAUAGUGAACAAGAAUAAUAAAUAACGAAAAUGAGUAAUCAAAAUCAAAAAAUGGGCUCCAUAGUGCUAAAAUCGUUAUCGAUUUUGUUAGGACUGUUUUUUAUUUUUGUGGGGUUUAUAAAAAUAUCUAGUGUCCUAUCUAAGGAUUUACAUAAAGAUUUGAGGAAGGAGUAUGUAAAAUACGCCAAAGUUUUUCCAUUAUCAGAAAUGUUAGAUUUUAAAAUUCCCUCAAAAUGGUACAGAAGAACUGUUGGAGGUUUGGAAAUUCUUUGUGGUACCGCCAUGGCCUUUUGGCCAAAUCAUAAAAUUAAAAACCUAUCCAACAUGGUACUGCUCGUUCUCACCUUGAUGGCAGUAUAUUCCCACUACAUGGUGGCCGACAAGCUAGAAAGGACAGCACCGGCUUUGGUUUUCCUCUUCAUGCUCAGCGGAAGGCUCGUGGUCUAUUUCCAACUUCAGAAGAGAGAAGAAGAACUUAUGGAACCCACUGCCAAUGGUUUCAAACACGAAUAAUUUUUUUACAUGCAUAAAAAAACAGAAUAUUAG